CGGUGCAGGAUCAUUGUCUGAAAAAUCCCAUCGAUUGGACGUGCAACAACCGGUUCGCUUGGGAAAAACGAGAAUUGGAUUGCGAAAAAUUGGCAUCGGGGGGUUCACGUUUCCGCGCGUUUGUCCAUUAUGGCUUGUUCAUCCCCUGCGCGAACCGGUGACGUCAUCUGAAAAUUCGCAUACACACGUGGGUUAAACUAAGUAACCAUUUACCACAAGUUAUUGCCUUAUCAUUUUCACUAUCUAUUAAAUUGCGAUGUUCUGUGAUUGCGCAGCCGCCACCCCCGACAUCGAUCCACCAACUUCCACAGCUGAUCCCGGUAGCUUUCCACCAUGUUAGCAAUCACAAAAUUUUAUACACAUGUCUGCACGUUCCCGUCUACUACAAUGGUUUCAAAAGUGUCCACGCUCUUGCUGCUGAUUUUAGUAAGCUGCUUAGUUAGUUGUAGUGAACAGUUUUUGCGAUUUAAACGCGCCGAUAUUGACCUACAAACGUGCAUAGCCAAUUUUGACAUACAUAGAGACAAAAUUAUCAGGACUCAGGACUCCCAAAAAAUGGGAGCGAAGUACUUGACGGAGUUCGACCUAGGGACUAGGGAAGAAUGUCUGAGGCUGUGCUGUGAAACCGACAAUUGUGAUGUUUUCGUGUUCGAGGAAAAGAAUUCGGGAGGUUGUUAUUUGUUCCAUUGUGGGCCACCGGAGAACUUUAAGUGUAAAUUUACGCAUCACGCCAAUUAUUCGAGUGCGGUGUUAGCGAUUAAUCGACAUCUGCCGGAUUUAGAAAGUCAGAUUAAACUUACUAAACACGAACAAGAUUUAAGCAAGUUGAGGAAGCCCGAGAGCGAGCCCGAGGUGGUCCCCCAAGCCGCCGAGACCGUAGCCAUGACGUCCACCACCCCUCCAACCACCACCAAGUCGCAAGAAGUCAUCUCCACCGAAGUGAAAACCAAACCCGAAGAGGCGGUGCGAAAAUGCAGCCGUUACCAGUUCGAGUGUCGAUCUACCAGCGAGUGCAUAGCAAUAUACAACGCCUGCGAUGGUGUGCCUCAGUGUGCCGAUGGUAGCGACGAAGCCCCAGAACUAAGCUGUCCCGACGCCUUAGCAACGUCCCAGACGGUCCCAGUACCCAUCAGCAAUCCCAUCCAGCCGGCCAGAUACGACACAAAUAUUCCGCAACAACCGCUCCAUCCUUUGGCGCCGGCCUUGCCGCAAUCAGAGCUGUAUCGGCCUCAGAUGGCGCAGGACACUCUGGGGCCGCCGCAGAUGCCGCAGCUUCCUCACCAAGACGCCGAUUUUAUAAGGCCGUUGCCGAACUCGCGCAGCAACUCGAGGGCGCCUUUCGACAACCAGCAAAUGAUUCAGUACGCCCCUGUGCCCGUGCAAAUGCCGGGGGGCAGCUGGGGAGCGCACCAGUCCCAAAUGGGGCCCCCGAUCCCACAGUACGCAGACAAAAAUAGUCAUAUUUUCAACCACAAGGAGCACGGCCUGCAAGUGCCUGAUGGGCAAGAGAUCAGGUAUAAUAAAUAUAAGGGAGCGAUGCAGUAUUUGCAUCGCGCUCUGGGAUACUCGAGCGCAGGUCAGAUGCAAUACGGCGAUCAGUACAAUCCCAAAGUGAACUAUUACGAGAAUUAUAGGCAGCCGCUGCAACAAGAAAACUGGCCUGACGAUUUCCCGUUCAACGGGUACCCGCCGGAGAGCGGCAACAGUAAAGACUGGCACCCAGAAAGCGCGCCUAUCGAGGGAGCCAAAGCGACAACCACGGAUCAUAUCCAGAAAACCAGUAAAGAAAACCCGAUCCACGUCCAGGAAAAAAUGGCCCACGAGUUGAAGCACUCCACCCAGACCACGACCCAGAAAGAGCCCGAGCACGAGCCGAAAAUAAAAAUCGAGAAACAUAAAAGCGAGCAUUACCCGGACGUGGUGGCUUACAAGAUGGACGGUCCUCCGGACGUGGAGGACGGUGUUUCGGAAACGGCUAGUGGAGCCGUGUUGUCACUUACCUUAGGACUCAUUAUUACUUGUAUAAUGGCGCUUUUGAUUGGUUGUCGUCUGAGGGUGCGGCGACGAAUGAGAAAAGGGGGUAAAAGCUACGCCCACGAUGCAGACUAUUUAGUCAACGGGAUGUACUUGUAGGGGUAUUGAGCAUAUUGUUCAAAAGAUAGUGUAUAUAAUAGGAUGAUCAUAGUUUGUUUUUUCGGAUUUUAUGCAUUUAUAUUUUAUCGUGACUGUUGGAUGUUUUUACAGUAAGAAAUCAUUCAGUAUAUUUUUAGUAUUUACACAUCUUUUGUAAUGGUUUUGUAUAUUGAUAGGU